GUCGGUUUGUCUUAUAUGUCACAUCAAACGCUACACACCAUAGUUGUUGUAGAGCCUCCUACUUCCACGAGUACAACGCCGAUCUCGACUACGUCUGCCAGGUCACCACGCCUACCGUUGACCGAGAACGUCAUGUCGACUUCUAAUGCUAAGAGGAAGCGAUCUGCUGAUGAAGAUCAAGAGAGUGCGUUCAUUCAGUUUGCAUCGUCGCAGAAGAUUAAUGUCACAGCUUCUAAGGUCCGUCGGGAGGAGCGUCGUCCAAUGACACGCGACAUCAAAAAGUGGGAACCAAAAUCCAGUGUCGAGCGUAUCGUCGAUGAAUGCUUUGAAGCUCACUGUGGUUGGCUCAAGAAGCACCAGAAGCCCGAAUUAGAUCGCACCGCAAUGGAUCAGUACAGAGCUCAAGUCACAGAGAUCAUGAGCAAAGUCGAGACUCCUAAACACAUCUCCCACCUAGGCGAUAUCCUCAUUGCACUAGCCACCCAACGCGAGCAGAUCGCCAUCCAAGCGGCUCUCGCCACUACCCUACCUAACGACAUCCGCAACGCCCUCGAUGCACUACAUCUGAAGCAGAACAGUCCCAUCACUGACCAAUCGCCGGGACCCAUCAACACAAGCAGCUUCGACUUCAAUCUCCGCAACGUAGUAGCAAAGACCCAGUACUGCAGUGACUUCCUACACCCUCUGGGAUUGUCACUCAACAGUCCCAGCACAGAUGAGAUCUAUUGCAUUCCGCACGCGGCUGCAAUGGUCGUGAAGAAGAAGCUCGCCGAGGUGUCGGAGGAGAAGCUGCGUGAGUAUCAGAAGGGGCUUGCUGCUCGGCGUGAGGACCAUGAGAAAGAACUACGGGCGCAGGAAGACGGGUAUAAGACGAUGAUCUCUGAUGAAGUGGAGAAGCACAAGAGGGAACUUAUUUCUCUGAGAGAUGGGUAUGAGAAGAAGUUUGCUGAGCUGCGGGAAGCGCAUAGGGAAGAGCUUCGAGGAGUGAAGGCGGGCCACAAGGAUGAUGUCGAUAGGCAUAUCCAAGCUCGACGCAAUGCAGAUGAGCGCGAGAAAGCGCAUUGCCAGCGAGCAGAAACGGCCGAGCAGCAAGCGCGAAAAACCAGAGAAGAGAAGGAAGACCUCGAGCGCCAGUUCCUCAUCUUCAAAACCGAAGCCGAGCACCAUCAAGCAAAGCAAGCCAAAGACGAAGAAACACAACGCAAGCUCCACGAAAAAGCCACCGCCCGCCAAGCCCUACAAAGAACCGGCAAAACGAACAAACUCGCACUACAAGACCUCACCAAUCUCGUCACCACCGGUACAGUAACACCAGCCAAGCUCGAAGCCCUGAAUAUGCCAGACAAAACCGCCUGUCUCACCGGCCUGAAAGAUCUCUGGCGCUCAAGCAACACGCUCAUCAGGACCAUCACGCCCCACGACCUUCUAACCGAUUCUGACAUGUUGCUCGCGUUCGACGUCAACGUCAUCGCGCAGGCUCGUUGCUUCAUGUACAUGCUGCAGUGCUGGGGGUACACGGCAGCAGAGCUUCUCGCUACUGAGUGGGAGCUCAGAGCGAUGGUUCGUCUGCAAUCUGGGCUGGUCCCGCAUGAGGAUCUGGAGCCGCUUGCUGGGCUGAAGAGGGAUGUGGAUUUUAUCUGUUUGACGCUGCGUGAAGCUGCUGAGCUGGUUCAGGCGCCCAACCCGCUUCAUAUGUCCUUCGCGUCUUCGACGUCUACGCAGCAGCCUAGCGUGUUCGAUCUGUCGUUCGGCUCGUCGACGGGUAGUACCUCCAUGACCGCAACAUCCACAGCUCCAUUUAUUCUUCCACCAACCACCGGACCCUUCGGAGUCACUCCUACUCCCUUCACCCUUCCAUCCCCUACUCCCACCACCCCCAACCAACCCCCAAUCGACACAAACCCCCCAGACCCCAUGACCGGCAUCGAGCACCCGGAAACACACACCAUAACCCUCCCUGCCCAUCCCCAAAAACCACAAGAAUGCCUAAACUUCCUCCUCCACAAGUGCCACAAAACCGCCGCGGCAUGCCAAUACCGCCACCCGAUCUGCGCUCACUUCCGAAAAGGCAGCUGUAGAUUCGGCGAUACAUGUCGGCGGAGCCAUGACCCAUCUGCUUUAAAUAACACGAGUUCUAUCUUCCCUGCUCCAGCCGCAGCCGCAGCCUUCGCGCAAACCCCCGCGCUCUCCGCUGCGGCCAAGAAAUUAGUUCGUAACGCACUGAACCCGUCGGGCCAGAGUCCCAGCAACCUCAGCAACGUAAAUUACUUCCAAACCCCCUCCCCCGCCCCCGUCAAAAACUCAGUAUGCACCCCCUUCCUCCACAACAAAUGCCCCCGCGGCAACUCAUGUACCUACCAACACCCGACAUCCCGAAUUCCCUGUCCGCGGUAUGCGAGCGGUGCGUGUUCGCUCGGUGCGGCGUGUGAGAUGGUGCAUGAUCCCCGGGCGCGGCGGGCUGGUAGUGCUGCGAAUACGAAGGCGGUGCGUGGGCAGCUUGCGUGUCGGUUUGAGGGUACGGGGGUGGGGUGUAGGAAAGUCGGAUGUUCGUUUUUGCAUACAAGUCGCAAAUUGAAAGCGGUUGGUGAACCGGGGGAGGAGGGGUUCUUUGCGGAUAGCGGUAUUGCGAAACCCGCCGAAGGAGCGGAGGUCUUCUUCGCAGAUAAUCCCGCGCCGUACUAUACGCCCCCGGUUUUCGAGAAGAGUAGUGUGAAUCCUCUGCAGAGUAUUCUGGAUCGGGAUCGCGGGAGAAGGGCGGGACGGGCGAAUGGGCAGAUUGAUGGGGGCGCGGCGGGGAGGGAGGGGGAGGGGGUGAGGAGAUGCUGUAGGGGGUUGUGGGAUGGGGAUGGUCUUGUUUUAUGGCGUUUUGCUCGUUUUGCUUCAACUUCUUCUCUGUGUUUGUCUGUCUGCCUGUCGGCUUAUUAG